CUCACCCAAACACCGGUCACAGCAGCCCGAUAUGAGCAGAUACCACUGACAACUCAUGGGACCCCCGGGCAAUAGGGGAUCAUGGGGCCCCUGUGUCCUUGCCCAAACUUAAAAAAGCCUAUGAAAAAGGUACCAGGGGCAUCUCAUGGGGCCCCCUACUGACCCCGGGCCCUUGGGCAGUGCCCAAGUUUCCAAAUGGUCAGUCCCCCCCCUGGUUUUGAGAGCUCACUUUUGUGAUGGUGGAGGCAAACAGUAAUGGCUGGAAAA